AUGGCUUACAUGUGCUCUGAGUCUCCGUUCUCUUCUUCGUCUUCAUCCUCUAGACAUAGAUGGAACUAUGAUGUUUUUCUAAGUUUUAGAGGAAAAGAUACCCGCAAGAACUUUACGGAUCAUCUCUAUACCGCCUUAAUCCAGGCCGGAAUUCAUACUUUCAGGGAUGACAAUGAACUUCCUAGAGGAGAAGAAAUCUCUCCACAACUUCUCAAGGCAAUCGAAGGAUCAAGGAUUUCCAUAGUGGUCUUCUCCAAACACUACGCUUCCUCUAGAUGGUGUCUUGACGAACUUGUAAAGAUUCUUGAGUGCAGGCAAAAAAUUGACCAGGUUGUUCUUCCUAUAUUCUAUGAUACGGAGCCUUCAGAUGUCCGAAAACAGACCGGGAGUUAUGCAAAAGCUUUUGAUGAACAUGAAGAACGCUUCAAGGAAGAAACGGAGAAGGUCAACAAGUGGAGAGGAGCUCUUGCAGAAGCGGGAAAUCUAUCUGGAUGGGGUUUAAACAAUGAGGCAAAUGG